AUGCAGAUCCGUCGCGCCACGAUGGAGGACAUGUACCAGAUGCAGCACUGCAACUUGCGGUGUCUGCCCGAGAACUACAACCUGCGGUACUACUUCUACCACAUACUUUCAUGGCCACAGCUGCUGUACGUGCAGGAGGAUUACAAUCGUAACAUUGUCGGGUACGUUCUUGCCAAGAUGGAGGAUGAGGAAAAGCCGGCAAACAUUCACGGCCACAUCACGAGCAUAGCGGUGCUUCGGACUCACCGUCGCCUUGGCAUCGCGUCACGUGUGAUGCGGGCCUCAAUGAAGGAGAUGGAAAAGGAGUAUGACGCCAACUACUGCUCCCUGCACGUGCGGAAGACCAACGACGCGGCCCUACACUUGUACCAAGAGACCCUCGGAUUCCGCUGCGCCAACGUAGAAAAGGGGUACUACGUGGACGAAGAGGACGCGUUCCACAUGAAGAAGUUUUUCAAAGGACCUAAUCCGGGGUUAUAUGUGGCGGCAAACCGACAGCUCGUGCGCCAACAAAACUCAGCCGCGGCCGCAGUAACUGGAAUGGCUGCGCUCCAGCGGAACGGAGGGACAGCGCCACCGCCGCCACCGCCGUCCUCAUCCUCGGCGGGCGGACAGCGGGGCGAGAAUGACACCGCAGACUUGGAGAAGGAGCAGCUUAAGCUUGUGGCUGAGCUUUUGGAGGAGUCGAAUAAAGAGUCGGGGAAGGGGAGACAGCAGAAGCAGAAGCAGCAGCAGCAGUCGAAGGGUGGGAACAAACGCGGCAAGACGAAAAAGUGA